AUGCACUCAUACUUUUCUCGUAAACCUUCCAAAUGGAUUCUCGAUAGUUUUCUAGAAGAAUGUGAGUUAGGAACAACCCGUGCUAAAAUAAGUCUUUAUUUAAAGUGUCUAGAAGAAAUCCUUAAAAACAGCAUGGAUGAACAAAAACUCAAAAAAGCACAGAAACUCUUAAACAAAUACAAAGAGUCUUUUGAGCCACGCCACGAAGCCAUUAUUGGAGGUACAGGUGACCCGCAGAGCUUGCUUGUGUUCAAACCCCAAUUCUGGCCUCACCGAGGCCACAGUGACCCACAGAGCUCGACU